UGGGCUGAGCCAGAGCUCGCUCGCUCUGGGGUUGCGGCGAUCUCUCGAUAAGCCACCUAGAGGCGACUCUGUGCGGCGCUCCCCAGUGGCUCCCCGCCCUCCCUCUGAUCAUGUUGACAUAUUCACAGGACAGGCAGUAGUACCGGUGCGGCGCUGCGACGUUACAGUUUCCGACACCUUCUUUUUAUAACUCGGCUCUAUCCCCCAGCACUCGACCUGUGAAAACCACGCCUAUGCAGCAACACAAUUGGUCCGAAAGCGUCAAAGAGCCAAUCAAGAGGCCUCCGGCUCCCCGCAGCCCACGGCAGAGCCCGACCUUCUAGAGCCGCCGAGCAGACGCCCGGGGAAUUCUAGAGGCAGAGGAGGGUGGCGAGGAGCUCUCGCUGGCUUUCUCUCGCUCCCUCCCUCUCCUCGCGCUCCCUCUCCCACUUGGUCUCUCUUUUUCUCUCACCCUCCCUCUCUCCCUUCUUUUCAUUCUCCUCCUCCCCCCCCUAAAUCCUCCCUGCCCUGCGCGUCUGGACGCAGAUUUAGGAAGCGAAUUCGCUCACGUUUUAGGACAAGGAAGACAGGCGCGGGAGAAGAGCACAGCAAGAUUCGGAUUGAAACCCAGACACCCUCCGGAGGUUCGGAGCGGAGGAAGGAGGAGGAGGGCGAGCGGAAGCCAGUUUGCAGUUCAAGUUUUGAUAGCGCUGGCUGAAGAGGGCUUCAAUCAGAUUUUUUUUUUUUUUUUUUUUUUUUUUUAAAGAAGAGAGACUUUCCACUCUCGCUCGCUGGUCAAGCUGGUCUAGCGCAGUUGCAGACGCCUCCUGCGAGCCGAAGGGAGAGGCAGAGAUAGGGGGGCGGGGGAAGAAGAAGGAGAAGAAGAGGUAAAAAGUCUCCUAGGAGAAUUGUUCGCAUUUGCAACAAAGAACUGGGGGCUGGGGAGCGACUGCUGGGACCAAGGGCUGGAGUGUCUAUUUCGAGCCAAGCGGCAGGGCUCCGGCGCAAGUCCAGAGCCUGCUCGCUCCCUCGCCUCUGAAACCGACUUCCAGGAGCGGCUUUUUGAAAACGCGAGACACAAGGACAGUCACCACGCGACUAUGUCUCCUGAUUUCUAGCUUUCCCCACUUUAAAAGAGACAUUCCCUUCCCCAAAAGAACCCCCCUUGAGGUGCCUUAUUUGUGAUUCUCCCCCUUUUUUUUCGCGUUUUUUUUUUCUUCCAAACUAUGUGCUGCUGUUAAACAAAAACAAAACAAAACAGCAGCUGCGGACUUGUCCCCGGCUGGAGCCCAGCGCCCCGCCUGGAGUGGAUGAGCCUCUCCAUGAGAGAUCCGGUCAUUCCUGGGACAAGCAUGGCCUACCAUCCGUUCCUACCUCACCGGGCGCCGGACUUCGCCAUGAGCGCGGUGCUGGGUCACCAGCCGCCCUUCUUCCCCGCGCUGACGCUGCCUCCCAACGGCGCGGCGGCGCUCUCGCUGCCCGGCGCCCUGGCCAAGCCGAUCAUGGAUCAAUUGGUGGGGGCGGCCGAGACCGGCAUCCCUUUCUCCUCCUUGGGGCCCCAGACACAUCUGAGGCCUCUGAAGACCAUGGAGCCUGAAGAAGAAGUGGAGGAUGACCCCAAGGUGCACCUCGAGGCCAAAGAACUUUGGGAUCAGUUCCACAAGCGGGGCACUGAGAUGGUCAUUACCAAGUCGGGAAGGCGAAUGUUUCCUCCAUUUAAAGUAAGGUGUUCUGGGCUGGAUAAAAAAGCCAAAUACAUUUUGUUGAUGGACAUUAUAGCUGCUGAUGACUGUCGGUAUAAAUUUCACAAUUCUCGGUGGAUGGUGGCAGGAAAGGCUGACCCCGAAAUGCCGAAGAGAAUGUACAUUCACCCAGACAGCCCUGCUACCGGGGAACAGUGGAUGUCCAAGGUUGUCACUUUCCACAAACUGAAACUCACCAACAACAUUUCGGACAAACACGGAUUUACUAUCUUGAACUCCAUGCACAAAUACCAGCCCCGGUUCCACAUCGUGAGAGCCAACGACAUCUUAAAACUUCCUUAUAGUACUUUUCGGACGUACUUGUUUCCCGAAACCGAAUUCAUCGCUGUGACGGCAUACCAGAAUGAUAAGAUAACUCAGUUAAAAAUAGACAACAACCCUUUUGCAAAAGGUUUCCGGGACACUGGAAAUGGCAGGAGAGAAAAAAGAAAGCAGCUCACCCUGCAGUCCAUGAGGGUGUUCGAUGACAGACACAAAAAAGAGAAUGGCACCUCGGAUGAGUCCUCUAGCGAACAGGCCGCCUUCAACUGCUUUGCCCAGUCCUCCUCUCCGGCCGUCUCCACUGUGGGGACAUCGAACCUCAAAGAUCUGUGUCCCAGCGAGGGUGAGAGCGACGCCGAGGCUGAGAGCAAAGAGGAGCACGGCCGGGAAGCCUGCGACGCAGCCAAGAUCUCCACCACCACGUCAGAGGAUCCCUGCCGGGAUAAGGGCAGCCCCGCGGUCAAGGCGCACCUCUUCGCAGCCGAGCCGCCCAGUCGGCCCCGGGACAGCGGACGUCUGGACAAGGCGUCGCCCGACUCUCGCCACAGCCCGGCCACUAUCUCGUCCAGCACCCGCGUCCUGGGCGCCGAGGAGCGCCGGAGCCCGGGCCGCGAGGGCGCGGCCACGUCCAAGGCUGAGGAGGCUCGUGCGCUGCCGGGCAAGGAGGCCUUCGCGCCGCUCACCGUGCAGACAGACGCGGCUGCUGCGCACCUGGGCCAGGGCCCCCUGCCCGGCCUCGGCUUCGCCCCUGGCCUGGCCGGCCAGCAGUUCUUCAACGGGCACCCGCUUUUCCUGCACCCCAGCCAGUUCGCCAUGGGGGGUGCCUUCUCCAGCAUGGCAGCUGGCAUGGGGCCCCUGCUGGCCACCGUGUCUGGGGCCUCCACCGGCGUCUCAAGCCUGGAUUCCACUGCCAUGGCCUCAGCCGCAGCGGCCCAGGGACUGUCAGGGGCGUCUGCGGCCACCCUGCCCUUCCACCUCCAGCAGCACGUCUUGGCCUCACAGGGCCUGGCCAUGUCGCCUUUUGGAAGUCUGUUCCCUUAUCCCUACACGUACAUGGCCGCUGCCGCCGCCGCCUCGUCGGCCGCGGCCUCCAGCUCCGUGCACCGCCACCCGUUCCUGAACCUGAACAGCAUGCGCCCGCGGCUGCGUUACAGCCCCUACUCCAUCCCCGUGCCGGUGCCGGACAGCAGCAGCCUGCUCACCACCGCCCUGCCGACCAUGGCCGCGGCCGCGGGGCCCCUCGACAGCAAGGCCGCCGCCCUGGCCGCCAGCCCGGCCUCAGUGGCUGUGGACUCCGGCUCGGAACUCAACAGCCGCUCCUCCACGCUCUCCUCCAGCUCUGUGUCCCUGUCGCCCAAACUCUGCCCGGAGAAGGAGGCAGCCACCAGCGAACUGCAGAACAUUCAGCGCCUGGUCAGCGGUUUGGAAGCCAAGCCGGAUAGGGCCCGCAGCACAUCCCCGUAAACUUCUCCCCAGAAAAGUCUCUUCAUUCCAGUCCAGUCCAGUCUGCAGUGCACUUUGUCGGAAGUCAAAUAAACCAGGGGCGUGCAGUGAGGUCAGCCCUUCUUUGUGCAGCCCUGUCUGGGAAGGGGUGCAGGACUCCCUGGAGAGAAUGUGCUAGAAAUGGGCCCUGUCUUCCUGAUGUGGUUUAUACAUCCAGGAUCUGGCUCAGAAAAAUCUGUCGCAUAGAGCUCUUGGGGGUGGGAGUUAAAGCCUUGGUGUCCAGAGCACCUCCUUCGAGGCUGGUCUGGAAGCUGUGGGAAGAUAAAGGUAGCCAGGCCCUGGGACAGAAGGUGUUGAAAAGCUUCUCCCCCAGUGCAGAUUUAUAUAUAUAUAUUUUUUCCUUCACUCUGUGUCAAGUGGAAACACAAAAUUAAAAGAAAAAAAAUAACGGGGACAAAUGGAUACAUGAACAUGAUUCUGUUUGUGAAGAUUAAAAACUUUCUAGUGACCUGCGUAUCCCGUUCUAAAUAAAUUCCUGGGCAGCAUUGUUUGAGGGAGGGAAGGCCCUACCACCCUUGUUUAAUCUCUAUUAAGGAACUCUGUGUCUUUUUAAUACUCUUGUGAUGUUUUAAGAGCCGCUAUAGGCCUCUUCUUGCAUGUUCCACAGUAAUGUAUUUGUGGAUUUUAUUUUGAAUGCUUGCUUUUAGAGAGAGAAGAAUAUGACCCCUUACCCUUUUCCUAGAUUCUCCAAAAACCCCAAGGGGGAUGAUUUAAAGGGAAGAGGUGGGGAAAACACAAAAAAUGAAUUUAUUUUAUCUAAGCUCUGUAGCAAGAUUCAUGUUGUCCCUCUGGCAGUUCUUUCUCUUUCCUGUAUAUGCAAUAACAAGGUUUUAAAAAAAAUAAUAAAGAAGAAGCGAGACUAUUAGACAAAGUAUUUAUGUAAUUAUUUGAUAACUCUUGUAAAUAGGUGGAAUAUGAAUGCUCGGAAAAUUAAACUUUAAUUUAUUGACAUUGUACAUAGCUCUAUGUAAAUACGAUUGCAGCUGUCAGGUUUUGUGGUUUUGUUUUCCUAUAGUCAGUUUUAUUUCAAGGUCACAGGAUUGCGUUUAAAAGGAGAAAAACACUCUGCACCAACACCAACACACUUUUCAAGAGUUGUCUGCAAAAAAAAAUUUUUUUUUUUUUUAAUGUCCAAAAGUGGGGAAAAGUGCUAUUACCUAUUUUGCCCAAAACUGGGGAGGUGGUGCCAUUCCCAGCCCCACCUUAAAUUCCUAAGCGUGGUUCUGAGAUGGCUUGGGGGCUGGAGGGGUGGGGAGUGCAGAGGCUCUGAGUUUGAUUUUCUAAUUUUUCUUUCGUAUUUGUACUUGCUAGUUUCUGAUUUCUUCAAAAAAAGAAGUGGAAUUGACUACUUACUGUCUUCAAUGUUGAUGGUGUUUUGAAUUGUUGCCUAUAGAGGUAUAUUCACAGUUCAAAAGUCAGGUGCUGAGAGAUUGUUUAAAGACAAAAAUUCAUGAAGGUAUAUUUUGUGUUAUAAUUGUUGAUGAGUUCUUUGGUUUUCUGUAUUUUUUGCCCUCUCUUAAAAAUAUCAUUGAAAUUUCAAUAAAUUUUUAUUGAAAUGUC